UUUUUCUUUUUUCUUUUCCUUCACAGUCUUUCUGCAGGCACAAAAGACGGGGUCACCCAGGGUGUUCAUCCGAAGAGGCUGGAGGGGUCUCUGCCUUUUCUGCUUCCCCAAUUUGCUGCGAGGCUGAGGAAAUAAUUUGGGAAGGGCAUCUGUAUGUAUUGAAUUAAAGAAAUAGAAAACAAUAAUUUUCCUCAUUGUGGCUUCCCUUCCUGUGUCCCAUCUUUCUCUGCUUCAGGCUAGCAAGACCCAAGCUGUGUUUCCCAGAGAGCCUCCUGGUUCUUCUCUUCUGACAGGAUUUGGACCCUUUUGAAGCCUCCACAGACGGUUCCUGGACAGGAAGGAGAGGAAGAUGGUGGAAUUGCUGCCUCUGGAGACCAAAAAGCUUUUCUUGUGCAGGGAGGCAUUGAGAGGGGCCUUUUCUCCUACUCCCAUGCCCAUCAUCCCUGCCCUUCCCUCAGAUGCGCUCCUCUUUCCCGCCCUUUUCAGGGAAUCCUGUAAAUUUAUCGAAAAUCCACUAGAGGGCGCAUUCUGCCAAGAGAAGAGAACACGAGGCGCUUUCCCAUUGGGCCACUGGAGGGCGAAAGACACGGCUGCCUUUGUAGAGGAGGCUUGGAAGGAAAUGACGUCACACAACCUUGCUGCUCUAGGAGGCCGCACUUGUUUUCCUUAAUCCCUGGGGCUCCGCAGGAGGCGGAGGACCUGCGGGAGAGUCUGGCGGGGGGAGAUCAAGACGUUCCCCUGAUACACAAAGUCGAAACCAUUUGAAAUCCUUGCAAACCAAAAUUUUCUCUGGCUGGGAAAAAAAAGAGCGGAAUCCCUUGGAGGGCUCAGUUGUGGAGCACCAGAAAUGGUCCCGUGAAGGAAAAGGCAUCUGGAGACCCACCAGAGUCCUUGGAGCCAUUUGGAGGUGCUCUGCAGGACAGAGAAAGGAUGGAGACACAACCUUUUGGAAAGGAGGGAGCCGGAAAAGGCCCUUCAGCUGCUCAGCCUGGGAAUGGGGGGAAGCUCUGGACAAGGACUGGGCAGCAGAUCCUGGAGGAGGAAACCAUCCUCCCUUCAGAAGUUCAGCCCUGGAACUUCAUCCAAUACCAGGAGGCUGAGGGUCCCCGAGGAAUUUGCAGCCAACUCCAUGACUUUUGUAGGCGAUGGCUGAGACCAGAAAAGCACACCAAAGCCCAGAUGCUGGACCUGGUGGUUCUGGAGCACCUCCUGUUUCUUCUGCCCCCAGAGAUGGAGGGCUGGGUGCGGGAAUGUGGAGCAGAGACCAGCUCCCAGGCAGUGGCCCUGGCUGAAGGAUUCCUUCUGAGCCAGGUGGAGGAGCAGAAGGAGCAGGUGGAGUUGCAGUGCUGCACUAUGGAGAUCAGAGAUCCUGAGGGAAAGAAGAAUCCAUCAAAUCCCCCUCAGAAGCUAUUUUUCAGGGGGAUCCCUUGGGACAAUCAAAGUCAGGACACUUCAGGAGAGAAACAAAGCAUGAAGUUUUCGGGUUUUUACGAUGCAGCUCAAACUGUGAUUGAACCUCCAAAUCAAGAGAGUCUUGUGUCCUUCGAGGAGGUGGCUGUGUAUUUCUCUGAGGAGGAAUGGUCUCAGCUGGAUCCUGACCAAAAAGCGCUGCAUUCGGAAGUCAUGCUUGAAAACCAUAGGAACAUGGUCUCUCUGGGUAAUAAUGGGCAGGAGAAUCAAGAUUCCUGUGAACUGUUCCAAGUGACCAAUGCUAAAGAUGAAACAGAGAAGUUUGGAUUUCGAAUGGAAUUCGAAAGCCAUGAGAGAAGCCAGUCAAAUAAUUGGAAUCAGGAUAACUCAUAUUCCACUGAUGCUCCAAUGCAAGACUUUCUUGCCCAACAAGACAAAAUAAGGAAAAAAUAUAUUGGGAAAAGUGUAAACGAAGACUAUUUAACCCAAAACAAAGGAAAAGAUGCUAUAGGAUACAAUGGACAAAAUUACAAUGGGACAUUCAUUUAUUCUCUUGGAAAUAACUUCUUUACAUCUGAAAAAGUGAUUCACACAAAAAAGGAGCCUUAUAAAUAUUUGGAAUCUGGAAAACAUUUUAGAACAAGCUGGCAAUUUACUUCCCACGAAAGGAUUCACACUGGGGAGAAACUGUGUUCAGAAUCCCCUGUAGCCUAUGCAGCCCAGUCCCUCCAAGCAGCAGGAGAGAAACCCUAUAAAUGCAUGGACUGUGGAAAGACCUUUGCUCAACGCAGGUAUCUUGCUUCCCAUAAGAUGAUCCACACAGGGGAGAAACCCUAUAAAUGCAUGGAGUGUGGAAAGACCUUUGCUCAUAGAAGUAAUCUUAUUUACCAUAAGAUUGUCCACACAGGGGAAAAGCCAUUUAAAUGCAUGGAGUGUGGAAAGACGUUUGCUCAUAGAAGUAAUCUUAUUUCCCAUAAGAUGAUCAACACAGGGAAGAAACCAUAUAAAUGCACGGAGUGUGGAAAUACCUUUAUUUGUAACAAUGGACUUAGAUGCCACAAAAUGAUCCACACUAGAGAGAAACCAUAUAAAUGCAUGGACUGUGGAAAGACCUUUGCUCAGAGCAAUGAACUUACUUCUCAUAAGAGAAUCCACACAGGAGAGAAACCAUAUAAAUGCAUGGAGUGUGGAAAGACCUUUGCUCAUAGAAGUAAUCUUAUUUCCCAUAAGAUGAUCCACACAGGGACAAAGCCAUUUAAAUGCAUGGACUGUGGAAAGACCUUUGCUCGACGCAGGUACCUUGCUUCCCAUAAGAUGAUCCACACAGGGGAAAAGCCAUUUAAAUGCAUGGAGUGUGGAAAGACCUUUGCUCAACGCAGUUAUCUUGCUUCCCAUAAAAAGAUCCACUCAGAAGAGAAACCAUUUAAAUGCAUGGAGUGUGGAAAGACCUUUGCUCAGAAUAGUAAUCUUACUUCUCAUAAAACGAUCCACGCUAAGGGUAAAGUAUAUAGCAAUAGCAAUUCCACUUUAGACUUCUCUACCACUCCACAAAGCUUUAUAGCAGUCUUUGAGCAGUUUACAAAGUCAGCAUAUUGUCCGAUUCAAUCCAACAAAGUGAAGUUUAAUGUGGAGAAAAGUGGAAAUUCUUCCCGGGCAAAGGGAGGUGGAGGAGGGAGAGACCCUCGCCCGGCCCUCCUCCGGCUUCCACCGCGGCUCCCAUGCUCCCCAGCCGCCCUCUCCAUGCUCAGCAGGAAAGGAGAGAAGCCGAGCGAGGAGGAGGCAGGAUUCGCACCAGGCUCCCUGUCUCCGGAGGGGGAGAGAAGCAGGGCGGCCUCUCCAGCUGCCUCCUUCCCGGACCUGCGGGGGCGGGGGGGGGGAUCUCGGUCCUGCGCUGGUACAGAAACACGAAGCCAUGUGAAAUCUUUGCAAGCCAAAAGUUUCUCUUCAGAAAAAAAAGAGCGGGAUCCCUUGCAGGGAUCAGUCCUGCAGCACCAGAAAUGGUCCCGUGAAGGAAAAGGCAUCUGGAGACCCACCAGAGUCCUUGGAGCCAUUGCAGUUGCUCUGCAGGACAGAGAAAGGAUGGAGACACAACCUUUUGGAAAGGAGGGAAGCGGAAAAGGCCCUUCAGCUGCUCAGCCUGGGAAUGGGGGGAAGCUCUGGAGAAGGACUGAGCAGAAGAUCCUGGAGGAGGAAACCCUCCUCCCUUCAGAAGUUCAUCCCUGGACCUCCAUCCAAUACCAGGAGGCUGAGGGUCCCCGAGGACUUUGCAGCCAACUCCAUGACUUUUGUAGGCGAUGGCUGAGACCAGAAAAGCACACCAAAGCCCAGAUGCAGGACCUGGUGGUUCUGGAGCAGCUCCUGUUCCUUCUGCCCCCAGAGAUGGAGGGCUGGGUGCGGGAGUGUGGAGCAGAGACCAGCUCCCAGGCAGUGUCCCUGGCUGAAGGAUUCCUUCUGAGCCAGGUGGAGGAGCAGAAGGAGCAGGUGGAGUUGCAGUGCUGCACUGUGGAGAUCACAGAUCCUGAGAGAAAGACGAAUCCAUCAAAUCCCCCUCAGGAGCUAUUUUUCAGGAGGAUCCCUUGGGAAGAUCAAAUUCAGGACACAGGAGAGAAACAAAGAAUGAAGUUUUCUGUUUUUUACGAUGGAGCUCAAAGAGUGGUUGAACCUUCAAAUCAAGAGAGUCUUGUGUCCUUCGAGGAGGUGACUGUGUAUUUCUCUGAGGAGGAAUGGUCUCAGCUGGAUUCUGACCAGAAAGCGCUGCAUUCGGAAGUCAUGCUUGAAAACCACAGGAACGUGGUCUCUCUGGCUAAUAAUGGGCAGGAGAAUCAAGAUUCCUCUGAACUGUUCCAAAUGAUCAAUGCUAAAGAUGGAACGGAGAACUUUGGAAUUCGAAUGGAACCAGAAACCCAUGACAGAAACCAGUCAAAUGAUUGGAAUCAGGAAAGCUCAUCUUCCACUGAUGCCCAACAAGAGAAAAUAAGGAAAAAAUGUAUUGGGAAAAGUGUGAAAACUGUAAACGAAUACUAUUUAACCCGAAACAAAGGAGAAGAUGCUAUAUGGCCAAAUGGAAAAAAUUACAAUGGGACAUUGAUUCUUUCUCUUGGAAAUAACUUCCUUACAUCUCAAAAAGUGAUUCUCACAAAAAAGGAGCCUUAUAGAUAUUUGGAAUCUGGAAAACAUUUUAGAACAAGCAGUCAACUUACUUCCCAUGAAAGGAUUCACACUGGAGAGAAACGGUUUUCAGAAGCACCUGUAGCCCAGGCAGCAGAAGAGAAACCCUAUAAAUGCAUGGAGUAUGGAAAGACAUUUGCUGUGAGCAAUAGACUUACUAUGCAUAGAAAGAUUCACACAGGGGAGAAGCUGUAUAAAUGCAUGGAGUGUGGGAAAGCCUUUACUCGUAGCAGGGAACUUUCUAACCACAAACAGAUCCACACAGGAGAGAAACCAUAUAAAUGUAUGGUGUGUGGAAAGACCUUUGCUCAGAGCAGUGGACUUACUAUGCACAAAAAGAUCCACACAGGGGAAAAGCCAUUUAAAUGCAUGGAGUGUGGGAAAACCUUUACUCAAAAAGGUAAUCUUAUUUCCCAUAAAAUGAUCCACACAGGGGUGAAGCCGUAUAAAUGCGUGGAGUGUGGAGAAACCUUUACUCAAAAAAGUAGUCUUAUUUCCCAUCAGGUGAUCCACACAGGGGAGAAGCCGUAUAAAUGCAUAGAGUGUGGAAAGACCUUUGCUCAUAGACGUAAUCUUAUUUCCCAUAAGGUGAUCCACACAGGAGAGAAGCCGUACAAAUGCAUGGUGUGUGGAAAGACCUUUGGUCAAAAUUGUUAUCUUAUUUCCCAUAAGAUGAUCCACACAGGAGAGAAGCCGUACAAAUGCAUGGAGUGUGGAAAGACCUUUGCUCUGAGCAGUAGACUUACUAUGCACAAAAAGAUCCACACAGGGGAAAAGCCAUUUAAAUGCAUGGAGUGUGGAAAGACCUUUGCUCAAAGAGGUCAUCUUAUUUCCCAUAAGAUGAUCCACACAGGGGAAAAGCCUUUUAAAUGCAUGGAGUGUGGAAAGACCUUUGCUCAAUGCAGUUAUCUUGCUUCCCAUAAAAAGAUCCAUUCAGAAGAGAAACCAUUUAAAUGCAUGGAGUGUGGAAAGACGUUUACUAAGAGCAGUGCUCUUACUUCUCAUAGCAGAAUCCACACAGGGGAGAAGCCAUACAAAUGCAUGGCGUGUGGAAAGACCUUUGCUCAGAGCAGUGGACUUAGUUGCCACAAAAAGAUCCAUACAGGGGAAAAACCAUAUAAAUGCAUGGAAUGUGGAAAGACCUUUGCUCAGAAUAGUAAUCUUACUUCUCAUAAAAGGAUCCAUGCUCGGGAGAAAGUAUAUAUCAAUAGCAAUUCAACUUUAGACUUAUAUACUACUCCACAAUGCUUCACAGCACUGUCUGAGCAGUUUACAAAGUCAGCAUAUUGUCGCCAGGAAUCUGGAUCCUCAUUUUAUCAACCUCAAAAGGAUGAAAGGCUGACUCAACAAUGAGCUGGUCAGGAUUGAACUCCUGGCUGUGGGCAAUUAGCUUGUAGUACUGCAUUCUAACCUCUGAUCCACCAUGUCUAUAGAUUUUUAUAUGUAUGCAUAUUGUGCCUUUCUGAUCCAAAUGAGACAAGGUUGAGUGCAACAAAGUGAAAUUUAAUGUGGAGAAAAGUAAGGUUUUACACCUGGGCAGGAAAAACAGAUUACAUGAAACCUGGCUCAAAUACAGUAACUGUGAGAAGUACCUUUGAAUCCUAAUGGAUGGUCAAUUAAACAUGAGUCACCUGUUUCUGUCGGGACAAGGAGUCUACUUCGUGGCUUGGGGAAACCUAGGUCAGAACAAUGGAAAAAGUGCCACCUGUGCAGAUGUUGAAGACUUUCUGUGACAGGGAGGCUCCUAUUUCCUAUGUUUUGCAGGGAAUCCUGUAAAUUUAUGCAAAAUCCACUAGGGGUCGCCUUCUGCCAAGAGAAGGGAACAUCAGGCGAUUCCCUAUUGGCCCACUGGAGGGGGAAAGACAGGGCUGGCUUUUCAGAGGAGGCCAGGAGGAAAUGACAUCAUAGAGCCUUGCCUCUCUAGAACCUUGCACUCGCAUCCCUUAACCCGUGGGGCUCUGGCAGAAGCAGAGAGGCUGCCUUUAUAAUGCGUUAGUAAGAUCACACUUGGGAUACUGCAUCCAGUUUUGGUCAUUACAUUACAAAAAAAGAUGCAAAGAAGAGUAGCUAAGAUGAUUAAAGGCCUGAAGAUUAAAAUGAAGAGCUGUUGUAAGAUUUGGGUUUGGCUAGUCUAGAGAAAAGAAGAAUUAGGAGUGAUAGCAGUAUUCCAGUACUUGAGAGGUUGCCACAAAGAGGAGGAGGUCCAUUUAUUUUCCAAAGCACCGGAGGACAGGACAAAAAACAAUGCAUGUGAACUAAUCGAGGAGAGAAGCAAUCUAGAAUUAAUAAUUUUCCUUACAGUUGUUCUGUCCCCGUCUCCACACACACACACACACAGCCAGCCGAGGGUUAAAGGAAGCACUUGGCAUGCACACCGUUUGUUAUCAGAAACUUGGCAGCAAGACGAGCACCGACUGCCAAGUGCUUUUACUUCAAUAAAUGGGAGUAUCCCUUCACCAUAUAAACAGAAAUACACACAGUUUGCAAAUAGUCCAGUUCAAAACAAGAAACCUUCGACAGAGUUUGCAAAUAGUCCAGUUCAAAACAAGAAACCUUCAGCAGAUUUAAGUGUUGUUCAAAGUGACUAGCCAGAGUUAGUUUUUGUCCGUCACAGAGUCUUAAAUGGCCACCACACUCUCUUAUAUAGUCUCUGGGGUGUGGUCCAGUGACUCAGCCUAAUCCCUGGCACGCCUCCUCAACUGCUGCAACCGUUUAUCACACCUUCGUUGGCGUGGAUCCAGGAAUGACAGAUCGCCUCCAUCGCUAUCAUCGGAGUCACCUGGCUCCUGGCUAAUCUCCUCUUCCUCGGCCGGCACCUGAGGCACUGCCAGAGGGGAGGGGCCUGGAGAGGGAGGCCUGGCCGACUCCUCUCCUUCAUGUUCGGAGCCUUCUCCCUCCGAUAAGAUAGGCUUGGAGGACGGAGCCACAACAACAGUGUGGACAGUUGACCAGUGAACAGCUUUCCUUCAGACAUUGUGGGUGCUUCAUCACGGCACGUUUUUAAGAAGAACUGGACAGUCACUCGUCAGAAAUGCUAUAGGAACUCCUGCUUGCGCAGGGCGCUGGACUAGAAGAGCUCCAAGUUCCCUUCCUGCUUGAUUCUGAUUCUGAAUCCUCAAUCCUUUCUUGUGCUUUUUUGCUAAGUUGGAGGUUUGAAAGCAAACAUGAGCAUCAGUGGAGAUGAAGGUUAUCGUUUGGCCUGAAAGUGAUGUGUGGCUGCCAAUAUUUAAGUGGUGGAGAUUCCCCAAUCAUUUCAAGAAGUUCCCUCUGAUUAGUAUUUCCACUAGAGCAGAGUUGCAGGCAGAAAUGCAGAAGUCCUGAAUCCCUUACUAUUGUUUCAGCUUUUCUUACUUGCUUAAUAUUUACUUAAUAUUGUCAAAAUCUGUGUUUUCACCCUGCCUCAUACUAUGUAAUGCAAGUUAUAAAUGAGAGAAAACCAUAAGGAUAAUGGGGUUAUAAUGAUGGUGAAUUAGAAAAUGGAAC